UUCUAAUGUCAUUUGAAUUUGAAACUUCUUCUGUCACCGCUCACCGGUGACCGGACUGCGGCUAAAUUGAAAAUAAUUCUAAAUCGUGUUUGAUUGAUUUUAAUUAAACAUAAUAUUACAUUCGUUUAAAAUAUAUAAUACAAUAUAUUAGUGGCACUGUGUAAGUGUGUAGUGCUAUCACUUUUUCACUGGGAUAUACAUUGCUUUUUAAAGUAAGGACGUCUACAUUGUUUGGCUCAGAGCGAAUCUUGUUUUUAUCUUAUCACUGUCAAAAGUCAAAGUAAUAUCAAUAAAACUUUAAAAACGAAGUCCAAUCGCAAUGAAUAUCAUUCGCGCUGGGUUAUUACAUAGGCACUGUUUAUUUAAUAUGGAUUUCCGGCAGAUGCACUUGUUAAAGAAUCAGGCCUUCAUUAAUGGAGAAUGGGUGUGUGCUCAAAAUAAAUUGGUAUUUCCUGUUCUUAAUCCUGCUGAUGACAAAGUGAUUGCAGAAAUCCCUGAUAUGGACCAAUGUGAUGCGAAAAUUGCGGUAGAUGUUGCCCUGGAGGCUUUUAAAACUUGGAGGGAUACUACUGCAAAAGAAAGAUCAUAUAUCUUAAGAAACUGGUUUGAGCUCUGUAAAAAAAAUUCUGAAGAAUUAGCCCACAUUAUUACGGCUGAAGCUGGAAAACCAUUAGCAGAGUCAAGAGGGGAGAUAUUGUAUGGCAACUCAUUUAUAGAAUGGUUUGCUGACACAGCCCGCCACAUUAAUGGAGAAGUUAUCCCAAGUCCAUGGCCCAACAAACAAAUUAUAGUGACAAGGCAGCCAAUAGGUGUAGUAUCUGUUAUAACACCAUGGAAUUUCCCUUUUGCUAUGAUUACUCGAAAAGUAGCAGCACUGAUGGCAGCCGGGUGCACUUGUGUGAUUAAGCCGUCAGAAGAUACACCUUUAACUGCAUUAGCUGCAGCAAAAUUAGCAGAAGAAGCUGGUGUACCAAAAGGUGUCAUAAAUAUAGUUACAUGUAGUCGGAAAAAUGCUGCUCCUGUUGGAAAGGUUUUAUGCGAAGACACCAAUGUUGGAUGUAUAUCAUUUACCGGGUCAACAUAUGUUGGGCAAAUUUUGUAUGGUAUGGCUGCCAAAGGAAUUAAAAGAGUUGCACUAGAGCUUGGAGGUAAUGCACCAUUCAUCGUUUUUCCCAGUGCAGACCUUGAGCAUGCGGCAGAUCAAGCUAUGUUGGCUAAGUUCAGAAACAAUGGUCAAGCAUGCAUCGGUGCAAAUAGAUUUUUAAUACAUGAAGAUGUUUAUGAUGACUUCAUUAAGAUUUUUAAAGAAAGAAUUGCUAGUAAAUGUGUUCUGGGACAUGGUACAAAAGAAGGAGUGACAUGUGGCCCUUUGAUUAAUUUGGCACAAACCAAAAAAGUUGCUGGCUUGGUUGAUGAUGCUAUAUCAAAGGGAGCAAAGGUAGAACUUGGUGGUAAAGUUGCAAAAGAUAUUGGCGACAAGUUUUAUGAGUCCACAUUGCUUUUAAAUGUUACACCUGAUAUGAAAAUAUAUCAAGAGGAAGUAUUUGGACCGGUGGCGGUGUGUUUGAAGUUCAAAACAGAAGAAGAGGCGCUUCAAAUUGCAAAUAGCACUAAGAGUGGGCUUGCCUCAUAUGUAUUCACUAAAGAACUUGGGCAAGCAUUUAGAAUGUCAGGAAAGUUAGAGUUUGGCAUGGUUGGCAUCAAUGAUGGAAUCAUAUCAGCAGCGGAACCACCAUUCGGAGGCAUUAAAGAGUCAGGUAUUGGGCGGGAAGGAAGUAAGCAUGGAGUAGAAGAAUAUACUGAUAUUAAAUAUACCUUAUUCUCUGCUUUGGACAAGUGAUUGUGUUUUAAAAGAAUCAUUUUAUCUACUAUUAUGUUUUGUAAGGAAAACUAAUUUAUAUUCAUUUCUGUUAAUGUUAGUAUUUCCAUAUCAUGUAAAUAAUCAACAAUGUAAUUUAUCAUAUAAUAAUUAAGUUAUGAUGUUACAUAGUGUGUAAGUCUAUGAAUAUAUAUGUUAAUAUUGUUAUUUCAUGUCUUCCAAAUAAUGUGAUCAAAAAUUUGUUAUAGUAAAGUAAUUGCAUUUAAACCUUCUGAUAGAUAUAGUUAUAUUAAUUUAUUGACAUUCCGUCAGACAAUUGUGAACUUGUAUAGUGACAAAAAUUAUUAAUGGCAAUAAUUAAAAAGCGUUAAGAUAACAAAAUAAAAAA